UCUGUUUCUCUCAGUGCGGAGGUGCCGGGCUGUGUUCAUACUGCUCUGCAGCGUCAGGGAUUCAUUUCGGAUCCAUAUUAUAGGUAUAAUGACCUGGCCUACAGAUGGAUUUCACUUGACAACUGGACUUCCACCACAUCAUGCUCAGUACCCAGGCAUGUUAGACAGGACCACAGAUGGAAUAUUAUGUGCUCUUUACAGAGGGAAAGGGAAAGCCGUCCUAGUGUUUGAAGGAGUCGACACAGUCUCUACAAUUUCUCUCAAUGGAGUCACCAUCGGAAAGACAGACAAUAUGUUCCGCAGACAUGAUUUUGAAGUCACUGAUUUGCUGAAGGAUGAAGAUAAUAUUCUCCAGGUGUGGAUUAUGUCAGCUGUGACAUAUGCAUCUCAGAGGAGUCAUGCCCACACUGAAUACAGGGUACCACCUGAUUGUCCUCCUCCUGUACAGAAAGGAGAGUGUCAUGUUAACUUUAUCAGAAAGGCUCAAAGCUCAUUUAGCUGGGACUGGGGUCCAUCUUUCCCUACUCUGGGCAUCUGGAAGGGAGUUCGUCUGGAAGUCUUCAACACUUUAAGGGUUCUAAGUUAUACCACAAAUCCAAGAUUUGACUCUGAACAUUCAAGUUGGAAUGUUGAAGUGGAAUUGUUCUUUGACAUUUUUGUCGCAUCUAAGGGCCUUGUCCAUCUGUCCAUGCCAUUAUUGCAGUCAGAGGCAGAAUUUCAACUGUCCCUUACACCUGGGCAGAGUAAAAAGUGUUUUGUCUUACAGCUCAAUCAGGUGAGAUCAAGUGUAAGUUUGUGGUGGCCGUUUGGACAUGGAGAGCAGACUCUAUAUGACCUGAUGAUAGAUGUCAACUUGGAGGAUGGAGAGGCAUUUAAUGCAGAGCGAAUGGUUGCUUUCCGCACAGUGGAGUUGGUCCAGGAGCCUAUACCCUCAUCCCCUGGCCUCAGCUUCUACUUCUGGAUCAAUGGGAAACCAAUUUUCCUGAAGGGUUCAAACUGGAUUCCUGUUCAUGCCUUUCAGGAUCAUCGUGCCAUGUUUCUGCAUUGGCGUUACAGGAUCCUACUCCGGUCUGCACAGAAGGCGAAUAUGAAUGCUUUAAGAGUGUGGGGUGGUGGAGUGUAUGAGCAAGACAUCUUCUACAGCCUGUGUGAUAUGUAUGGAAUCAUGAUCUGGCAGGACUUCAUGUUUGCCUGUGCGUUGUACACUACAGAAAAGGAUUUUAUACAGACAGUGAGGGAGGAGAUCACACAGCAGGUUCGACGGUUGAAAUCUCACCCCUCUGUGGUCAUCUGGAGUGGGAACAAUGAGAACGAAGCUGCCAUUGCAACUGACUGGUUCAACAUACCUGUUGCUGAGCGACCACUGUAUGUGAAAGACUAUGUCAGCCUGUAUGUUGAGAACAUCAGAGACAUCGUCCUGCAGGAGGACAGCACCUGUCCUUUUCUAGUGUCCAGCCCAACCAAUGGGGUUAAGUCUGAGAAGGAAGGCUGGGUGGCUAAGGACCCCGAUGACCCCCACUUUGGAGACACCCAUUACUACAGCUAUUACAAGGAUUGCUGGGACUGGACUGCUUUCCCUCGCACACGCUUUGCCUCUGAGUAUGGCUUCCAGUCCUGGCCUUCAUUGUCUACACUUAGUAAGGUUUCAGUGUCUUCAGACUGGGAUUUCAGGAGCAAUUUUUCAGCUCAUCGGCAGCAUCAUGAAGAUGGAAAUCAGAAUUCUACCACCGCAGCUGUAGUGACAUUGUUGAGGCCAAAGGUCAUACGAUGGGCACCCUUUACUGGCAGCUCAAUGACAUUUGGCAGGAGCCUUCCUGGUCCUCUUCAAAAGUUUGGUGGUAAAUGGAAAAUGCUACACUACUGGGCUACAGAUUUUUAUGUACCUAUGCUCUCAGUGGGGGUUGAGGACAAAGGAGAUCUGCUGAUCUAUGCCGUCUCUGACAGCCACUCUGAGAAGCACAAUGUCAAAGCUAAGGUGAAAUUAUACCGCUGGAGCAGCUUUAACGCUGUGUGUUCUUUAGAGUCCAACGCGACUACAAUAAAAGCAGGAGGAAGCACCCUUGUGUUUCAGCUUUCUAUAUCAGCUCUGUUGACGCAAUGUGGGAACUGCACACGGCGCUCAUGCAUAGUUGCUUUUCUUCUCAGUAGUCCAGAAGGUCAAAUGAUCAGCCCUCACAAUCACAUCUUCCUCAGCUCUCCACGAUAUGCAGAGGGUUUGCAGAAACCCAAUAUCACGUUUACUGUAAAGGACACUAGAAUUGUGCAGAGCUUUUUCGUGACUCUGCACUGCUCCUUUCCUGCUGUGUAUGUUUGGCUGGAUGUUGACGAUAUUCCCGGUCACUUUGAUGUCAAUGGCUUCCUGAUGCUGUCUAAAAAAUCCACAGUUAUUUUUGGAGCAUGGAGACUCACCACUGCUGAAGAAAUCACUGCAAAUCUUCAUAUCACGUCUCUCAGGGAUGUCUACUGAUUUUAUGAUGUGCUUGACAAGUUGUCUGACUGACGGCUUUAAAAUCAACUAUUCAAAUGUAAUAAAAGAUUGCAGGGCACUGCAUUCUCAGGACGGCCCUGUUAAUUAUUACUUGUAUGUGUGUGUGUGUAUAUAUA